GCACUGGAGCAAGGAAGAUACAACCAAUACCCAAAUCACAGUGAGGGCAACGGAUGGGCUGAGACUGAUUGUAGCUUACCCCGUCCACCAUUUAAUUAAAAUAUAUCGGGUAUUUGUACUUUUCCAUCCAAUGGAUGCAGCGGUGAUGAACCCCCAGAUAAUGACGGAUGUCAACGGCAACAGCAAUGCCGUGAACGCCGAACUGGAGGUGAAAAAGCUCCAAGAGCUGGUUCGGAAAUUGGAGCGGCAAAAUGAGCAACUGAGGACGCGGGCGAACGGCUGCACUGGCAGCCCCCACAUUCUACCUCCCUCCCCGGCCUAUAUGGCCGGGAGCUACUGCACACCUAGUCCGUUACCGACACUACUGUGCCAGUCUUCCUUGGGGUCAUUUUUCCCGUCGGACAAACCGUUCGAAUAUUUACAUUCGCAUUAUGCCGCUGCUGAUGCUGCUCUAGAGGCGGAGGUUGAUUAUACGGAACCCACGGUUCUGGAUGAGGUGGACAUUCUGGACCUAGAUUCUAUAUUCUCUCAUGAGGAAUCUGAAGAUACCUGGUAACUAUUUCACAUUGUCCAAUGGUUUGUAUAAUGUGGUUGACAGGUGGCACAUUUAAUCUGACAGAUUUCUUUGAAACUUGCAGUCCUUAUUUGCAUAUGACAGUUGAUAUGUCAUAUACGAUGGUGAUGCAGUGUUUUGUUUAUGUUAUAGGAUAUAUGACUGUGUUACUCUAGUAGAAGUAGGCCUAUGGAAUAUAAUUCUGCACCUGCAAAUGAGAACCAAAUCGUAGUAGGAAUGAUAUACGACAACAAAGCCACACCUUCGAAGCUAAUUGGAUAGAAAGAUCGAGCGGACACUUGUUACAAUGUCAUUCGAUUUUUCUUUAGCAAACACAAAAUAUCGAUUUGUUGCAAUGAUCAUCGUCAACGAUUACGAUUGAGCAGGCAGCCACUGUGCUCUAUGAACAUGUGCCUGUUGAAAUGGAGGCUAGACUGCAUCAGUCUGAGACAGGUUGACUUGGGGGGAGGACUGGACACAAAGUGCUAUUGUUUUAGUGGUAAAACGUAUGCAUAAGAAUACCCGCAGAUAAAAGGCGACAUUCUACUUUUGACUCAUUCUUUAUUAUCUCAUAUCCAGUAUAGUGGCCAAAACCAAUUUUGAACUGGAGUCAGAAUUGGCUGCUCCACACUGUGCGCUCCACGAUUUUAGCGCCACAGUUUGCACUUGUUGGCUACAAUCAAUAUGAUUCUAUUCUCAGGUCCUAAGUGAGGUUUUGGCUUGAUGUCAAUUUUUUGGAUCACAGUAAAACGGGUAAACGUAUCUCUGAACCGAAACAAAUGUCUUCCCUGUAGACGGUAGGGGUUGAUAUGGGACUAUAGGGCAGUGAAAUUCUCUUCUUUCUCCUCUGGCUCUCUCAUCCUGUCUUCCCUGCAGGCUGUAUGUGUCAGCCAAGGCCCGGCUGUCGGGGGAGAGCCCUGUUACCACCCUCCAGUGGAGCAGACAGGUCCUGGACAGUCCCAGAGCAGAGGUGGAGUCUGCCCGCUCACUGUGCCUCAGGUUGGACCAAGGUAUGAGGAGGGGUGGAACCUAGGGACCAAAAAAGGAUGGAUGGAUGGAUGGCUAUAUAAUGGACCAUGGUUUUCUGUCAACCUGACAAAAUGUCUGGUUUUCAAAGACUUUCUUUCAACAGAUGGUUAUGAUUGUACUUUACUGUGUGGGUGGGUACGUGUGUGUAUACGUGCGUGCGCGCUUGCAUGUGUGUGUGUGCAUUGGUCUCAUCAAGUUUAAUAAUGAUAAACAGAUCAUUAUAAUCCACGUGAGAUCACACCUCUAUCUCGUUACCAUAACGAGGAAACUGCUGAGUGUGCAGAACAGAUAAGAUUAGUACGUACAACAAAUCUAACGUUGGGCCUUUUGCACAAACACAAUAGCACAUCAGUUUGACAACUGAGAAAAGCAGUAGUGAUUGUUGUAAGUAAAGUGAGUUACUCAGCCUUCAUGUUAUGAGUUCAAUUGUUAUGAGACAAUUCCUCUGCAUGUGUGUGAUUGAAGCAUGUUGUUGAAUUCACUGGAGGUGAGGGAGGAGGUUAGCACUCUGAGGCAUAGAGCUCAGUAUGAAACAGGUCCUCAAAUCUCUCAGGAUUAGGUAACCAGGCUACUCCAGACUAUUUUGGACUCAGAGGUAAAAGUACAUCACCUUGCCAGACAGUCACUAGUCACAUACAGUACUGGCUACAUUAAACUACACACAGUACUGGCUACAUUAAACUAUAUACAGUACUGGCUACAUUAAACUACACACAGUAAUGGCUACAUUAAACUACACACAGUACUGGCUACAUUAAACUACAUACAGUGGUCACGCACAAGCAGAGUCACUCCUGAAAAGACAGCAGUAUACAAACCUACAGACUCACACAUUGGUACCAUGGUUAUGACAGUGCAGGGGCGCAACUUUCACGGGGGACGGGGGGACGGGGACGGGACAUCAAAUUGCAUUUUUGUCCGUCCCCCUAGUUUUAUCAUUGGAAUGUGAUACAAAACGAGGCAAAGGUGUGCUUUAGGACCAUGCGGACGCCUCCGAGUGGUCGGGUAGGCUGUUUGGAGUGUUUAUCCGACUGGAUAAAAAAAUAUAUACAGUUGAAGUCGGAAGUUUACAUACACCUUAGCCAAAUACAUUUAAACUCAGUUUUUCACAAUUGCUGACAUUUAAUCCUAGUAAAAAUUCCCUGUCUUAGGUCAGUUAGGAUCACCACUUUAUUUUAAGAAUGUGAUAUGUCAGAAUAAUUGUAGAGAGCGAUUUAUUUCAGCUUUUAUUUCUUUCAUCACAUUCCCAGUGGGUCAGACAUUUACAUACACUCAAUUAGUAUUUGGUAGCAUUGCCUUUAAAUUGUUUCACUUGGGUCAAACGUUUCGUGUAGCCUUCCACAAGCUUCCCACAAUAAGUUGGGUGAGUGAAUUUUGGCCCAUGUCUCCUGACAGAGUUGGUGUAACUGAGUCAGGAUUGUAGGCCUUCUUGCUCGCACACGCUUUUUCAGUUCUGCCCACACAUUUUCUAUAGGAUUGAGGUCAGGGCUUUGUGAUGGCCACUCCAAUACCUUGACUUUGUUGUCCUUAAGCCAUUUUGCCACAACUUUGGAAGUAUGCUUGGGGUCAUUGUCCAUUUGGAAGACCCAUUUGCGACCAAGCUUUAACUUCCUGACUGAUGUCUUGAGAUGUUGCUUCAAUAUAUCCACAUAAUUUUCCUUCCUCAUGAUGCCAUCUAUUUAGUGAAGGGCACCAAUCCCUCCUGCAGCAAAGCACCCCCACAGCAUGAUGCUGCCACCCCCGUGCUUCACAAUUGGGAUGGUGUUCUUCGGCUUGCAAGCCACCUCCUUUUUCCUCCAAACAUAACGAUGGUCAUUAUGGCCAAACAGUUCUAUUUUUGUUUCAUCAGACCAGAGGACAUUUCUCCAAAAAGUACGAUCUUUGUCCCUAUGUGCAGUUGCAAACUGUAGUCUGGCUUUUUUAUUGCGGUUUUGGAGCAGUGGCUUCUUCCUUGCUGAGCGGCCUUUCAGGUUAUGUCGAUAUAGGACUCGUUUUACUGUGGAUAUAAAUACUUUUGUACCUGUUUCCUCCAGCGUCUUCACAAGGUCCUUUGCUGUUAUUCUGGGAUUGAUUUGCACUUUUCGCACCAAAGUACGUUCAUCUCUAGGAGACAGAAAGCGUCUCCUUCCUGAGCGGUAUGACAGAGGCGUGAUCCCAUGGUGUUUAUACUUGCGUACUAUUGUUUGUACAGAUGAACGUGGUACCUUCAGGUGUUUGGAAAUUGCUCCCAAGGAUGAACCAGACUUGUGGAGGUCUACAAUUGUUUUUCUGAGGUCUUGGCUGAUUUCUUUUGAUUUUCCCAUGAUGUCAAGGCACUGAGUUUGAAGGUAGGCCUUGAAAUACAUCCACAGGUACACCUCCAAUUGACUCAAAUUAUGUCAGUUAGCCUAUCAGAAGCUUCUAAAGCCAUGUCUGGAAUUUUCUAAGCUGUUUAAAGGCACAGUCAACUUAGUGUAUGUAAACGUCUGACACACUGGAAUUGUGAUACAGUGAAUUAUAAGUGAAAUAAUCUGUCUGUAAACAAAUGUUAGAAAAAUGUCCUAACCGACUUGCCAAAAGUAUAGUUUGUUAAAAAGAAAUUUGUGGAGUGGUUGAAAAAUGAGUUUUAAUGACUCCAGCCUAAGUGUAUGUAAACUUCCGACUUCAACUGUAUAUAUUAUGUACCCCCCACUUCUAAAACCAAAGUUGCGCCCCUGUGACAGUGAGUGCAUUAAUUUCACCUGGUUAGGUGAUGGAGAUCACAUUCUAAUUCACAGCAUCUACCUGGAGAAGGGUUGCAGUGGAGAGGUGACAGGGUUGAAUGGUAAUGAAUGGGUGGCCGUGAAGUGAAGGUAUGCGUGGCCAACUGGGGGAAUUUAGCCUUCACACCAGGGUUAAGGCCUCUACUCUUGUGAGACAUUCCAUGGUGUCUAAUGACCACUGAGAGUGGUGAGUGGACCUUAGGUUAAUGUCUGAGAAGAGGCUGUCGUGUGAAACAGGACAGUGGAAGAGUGAAUGGAUGUGAUGUGACGGCUCCCACGGUCUUAGCUGAAGGUAAUGUAUUAAUACAGCUUAAGUCCACUAAGCUCUUAAUGAGAGGUGAAGCACUGGCCGCAACUGUCUCCCAGCGUGUGUUGUGCCAUGCGUCACUUUCAACAGCUGAGAAUAAGCACACACGUCAGCUUAAUUGUAUUUGUUUUUACUAUUAUCUAUUUGAAAAGUAUCAAAUGUAUUAUGUUUUUACACAUUAGAUCUAAUUUGACUUGGCGUUCAUAUUAUAUACUUGUCAUGCAACAGCUUAUCGUUGCAUCAGUGAAGCUGCCUUUGCAUCAGUGUAUUACAGGUAACUGACAAAAUAAAGGGAACAACAACAUAGUGUAAUACUUAACAAAUAUACUUUGUAUCCCUCAAAUACUCAAGUGUUUCCUUUAUUCUGGCAGUUACAUGUAUCUUAAUACAAUGUAUUGCUGUAAGAAUCUCUACUAGAAGCCCAUGUAUUAAUUCCACAGUAGCUGUAACUGCAGGAAAAGCCUUCCACUGCUUUCACACUUGGCCUACUAUCUGCCUGUUGCUACGUUCACAGGGCCUCCCUCGGCAACCAGAGGGGUAACCAUGGUUACCGUGUUUACAUGAAAGGCACCUUCCCUCGAUGCUGCUAAGUGGUUUAUAUUCUCAGUGACCGGUAUAGCAUAACCCCAUUCUAUCUGUGGUGCAGGGAUAUAUGCAGCGCUGCGUUGAGCAGCUCACAGUCGCACCACCACACAGAGGGAAAGAGAGAGACACUUUUAUUUCUCAGCUCUGCAACAUUUAUUAUUAAUUCUUCUGUCUGUCUUUGUUCUUUGAUCCACCAUGUGUCCUCUAGAUGGAUUGCUGGGAUAUUUACUUAGCGAAUGUUCAUUCCUGUAGGUCUCCUCUCUAUGAAUAUAUAUCAGAUGGUGUGUGUGUGUGUGCAGUGUGUGUGGUCGCUGCUCUGUCCCUGGUCCUGGCCUGUGCUGAAUGGGUGUGUUGAGCAGUGUGUGUGUGUGUGUGUGAGGGUUGUGAAUGCAGCUUUGUCUCCUGGGCAUUGGACAGCAGAUGUGUUCCCUGGCUGCUGCUGAAUAGUGGUUCUGUGACAGUCACAGCAGUGUGACGCGCUGGCUAUGAGGUAAACAACCGCUUCACACUGCUGACCUCUGUUCCUUGUGAGGGGCCCGGAAAGCACUGACAGCUGUGUGUGUGUUUGUGUGUUUGUGUGUGUUUGGGGGUGGUCUGAUACAAUACAGUAUGACAUUGCCUUACUUUAUCCCUCCCUUAUCCUCCUCCUCCUCCUCCUCCCUCCCAUGCGUAGUCCAUAGGUGGCGGGGGGUCUUCUCCAGCCCCUCGUCCCCUGCCCUCCCCCUGAGACGUGUAGCUGGAGUGUCCCCCCUCAGUGCCUCGUUCUCCAGGUCCUGCUCCACCCCUCCGUCCGCUGACAGACCUGGUAAAUACACACACAGAUUACUAUGUGAUAUGGGGACAGAUUACCAUAAUAUUACCAUAUGACAUUAGUAGGACUAGGAGUUUUUCAACCUUGCAACCUGAUCAGGAAAAACUCUUGUCCCUAUUGAGGAGGAAACCUUUGGGCCCUAUUGAGCAGAACAUCUCAGGGCCCUAUUGAGCACAACAAUUCUGGGCCCUACUGAGCAGAAACUCAACUUUUCCUGAUCAGUUCACCAGCCGAGGAAAAACCCUGGUCCUUAGACAUGAGGGAUACUCUAUCCAUGAUUACUUCUCGAACAUGGUAUUUCACAAUUGAAAUAAUACCACAGUCUUGAUUGGAAUAGUUUAGUCUUUUUUUCUCCAUUAAAACAACUCUCCAUGAUUCUCUCUUUCUCUCCCCGUUAUCCUGUCUCCUUCCCCUCCCUUUCUUUCUCCCGCCGUCAGCCUCAUUCUCCUCACCCCUCCAUCCUCUCCUCCACCUGUCUCUGUCUCCUGUUGGGAAGGCUGAGAGAAUUCCCACAUUCCUCCCAGCCAAUCACUCAGCCAAUCGCAGUAAGCCUUGCUCGCUCCCCCGCUGGCCCAUGUUGUCUCAGUCUCUCUCAUAGUGUCAUGUCAAGGUUUGCAUCUCAAUAGUCUGUCUGAAAGAGCUUCCUCUCCUUGUCUCCUCUCCUUCAUUCCUGCUGAUGUUAGAGAUAUGGACAGGUGAAAGCACUUACGUUUCACCUACCUUGGCUGUCUUGUCAGAUCAGAACAGAGGCGGACACAAGUGGAGGAGAGGAAGCCACUAUAGACUAUUGAGAAGCCCCCACGGUCAUCAUUCAUCAUUUAUCAUGGCAAGAGAAGGAGUGUUUCAGUGUGUGUUCAGUUUCUGCUGCUUCAGGUGUUUGCCAUGUGAAGUUCAACAUAGUGGGAUGGUGAGGGGACAGACUUGAGUGGAAUAGUCCCUUUGGUGAUGGAAGCACUAAAUAUCACACAGCUAGGGCGAGCCUGUGGGACCUGUCUGGCGGCCAUAAUGGAAAAUGGCCAUGGGGGCUUGGUGUGGCCAUAAACACAAUAUGGCCUAUUCUAGCUUUGUCUGUGAGUUGUGGUGCUUCUAUCACCAAAGGCACAAUUCCAUGACGUGGCCUCCCCACUAACAGUGACUCGGCAAUGUUUCUUAAAGGGAGAGUGAUGUUUUUGUGGCUUUUUUUGCUGCCAGUGUACCUCUAUCUAAACAAAUCUUGCUUUUCAUCAUGUCAGUGUUCUUUGUGUUCGUUGUUAAUGUAAAAUCUCUGCAGUGUCAUUUGUCUCUGAUCUAACCUCUGACCCCCGGACUGUGUUGUUGUGUCCUGAAGGCCGCAGCCUCCGGCGAUUCCUCCUCAGCCCCCAGUCUUCCGUAGACAGUGAGCUCAGUGCCUCAGAGCUGGAGGAUGACUCCAUCACCCAGGGAUACAAGCUACAGGACCUUGUUGACGUCCAAGUCAUGGCUCGUCUGCAGGAGGACAGUGAGUCCCUCACCCUUAUAAUAACUGCUUUGGUGUUGUCACAUAGCUGUCACUAUAUGGUGUUUUACAUAGUAAGAGGUGAAUUUCCCUCCUUACUAUGUAAAAGGGUUUGAGCAUCUAUAGGUGGAAAAUGCUUUAUAUAUCAGAACUAUUAUUAUUAACUAUUGAGCAGGUGACCUGAAAGGGAAUAACUCUGGGCCCCAAGGUUAAAAGUAGGGCCCAGAGUUGUUCAUGGUCAGGUCAUGUGGUUUUGGAUUCCUGGCCCUAUUCUUGCCCUUUAUUGUUCCUCUUUCUCAAUGUCUCUCUUUGUCUCUCUUUGUGUCUCUCUCUCUCUCUCUCUGUCUCUCUUUACUUAUCUUCUUCUGUCCUUCUCUCCCUUCUAACACUGUAACAUGUGAUACUAGACCUCAGACUUCAUCCAGGCUUUAUUAACCUUAACCUCAGGCACAGAAGGUGACGACUGAUUGUGUGUGUGAUUGUUUGUGUGUUUGUGCGCUUGUCCGUAUUUCCCCCUCCUUCAGGUCUUCGUCAGGACUAUGCCACCAACUCCAUCAACCGCCGCAGCGCCAGCUUCUCCUUCCUCUCCCUUCAGCACAGCGGCGAGGCCGACCUGGACGAGGAAGAGGAGGAGGAAGAGUACGGGCAGCUACCUCCUCCCCAGCCCCGCUUGACCCGUGUGGGACCCACCCUGCAGCGAGGCCUCCCCCACUCCCACACCUUCUCCAGCAUACGGGACUGGAGGAGGAGCACCACCAGUCUCUCCAGCCCUUCCACCCCUCAGUACCCCUCUGGAGGAUUCUCCUAUCAGCCACCACCCCAACCCCAGGCCCUGGCCAGCCCCACACUCAGCACCUACACACCCGACCAGCAGGGCUUCAGACCAGGAUCAGGUGAGCAGGCCUGGCCCAUGCAGGUACUUGGGUUGCGUUCAUUAGGGAAAAUGACAAUGAAGACGUUUUUAUUGGACAGCUUCAGGUUGUACUGGACUCCUCCAUUUUUUUUCAAACGUUUUCUCCUGUUCGGUGUCUAUUGCACGCAACCCUGGCCCUCUGCUUAAAGUUAUGAAAUCUCACACUUUCUAAUAAGAAUUAUUGCUUUGCAAGACUCUCCUCUAAUAAUAAUGUUUGUGUGUUUAUCUAUGUGUGUUUAUGUUCGCUAUGUAUUUUGGGGAUCACAUUUGGAAUGCAGAUGAAUAUGAGAGUACGUUUUUCAAACAAGCCUUUUUGUGUUGUCUUGGUGGCACAUUUGCAUAUCAACAAAGUACAAUAUUAGUAGGGCUACAAACGGAGCACUAUGACAAGAAUUAUGACACACGGCAUGAUGGCCCUCUUAUGAAAUAAUUAUACUAAUCUAUUUAUAGGUUUGUGUUCAACUUGUCAUCGUUUAUGUUAAUGUGGAAACAGGUCAUUUUAAGGUCACCCACUAAUUAAUCACUAGGUAGUUCCUUGCCUGUUGACCGUACUGGCAGACUACCAGUGACGUGCUAACUGUAAGCCUCUUGUGACACUGACUGUUCCCUAAGCUCUUGGAGGGUAUUCUGUUUCUGUUCUGGGAGCUAAACAGGAGUGGGACACUGAAUAGAGAGUGGUGAGAUUACAGGAGAUGUUUAUCUUUGGGGGCUCUUAAAGAGAGUAGUAAGAGUGACACUUAUUCUUCUUAAAGAGAGAGGACUCUAUGUAGAAUGUGAGAUGAUACAAUCUUAGUCAUCUGGAUCUGUGGCCUUGAAUUCAUAGAGGAAUUUGUGUGUGUGUGUGUGUGUGUUCAUUCUAUUUAGAUAAGCUGCGGAGGAGCAUGCCCAACCUGUUCAGGGCUCCCAGCAUGCCUAGCGUGCCUAGCCCACUGAGCCCAGCCAAUCACAUCAGCUCCCCUUCCACUCUUCGGAACAGUCUGAGUUUCGACUCGUCCAAUGGGCUGGCCAGCAGGCUACAGUCCUCCAGUGAGAUACCCUCCUCUUCUUUGUUUUAGCUCUGACCACACACAUACUAUAAAACUGCAGGGCUUGAUUGACUUGCCAGAAUUCAUCAAAUUGAAAAUGAUAAUUCUAAGUAGGUAGUCCAUAGAUUAUACAGUAGAUCUGAGGAAAACAUGAAUAUUAUAAUAAUCCAUGUUCCUCUCCCCACUAGUCCCUUCACCCGGUCAGCUGCAGAACAGAGUCCAGAGUGUGGGGAACUUCCAGUCGUUGUCGCGGCAACCCCUCAAAGCCACAGCCUACGUCAGCCCCACUGUGAAAGGGCCAGUUACCAUGCCGACCUCCACCAGUCUGCAGUCCCUCAGCGGCAUCAGUGGGAUCCCCCUCCCUAGUAAACCAGCCGGGGGGGUUGGGGGCACUCCUACACCCCCCCGGAGUAGCCUGCCCCGCCCCGCCUCCUUUAUCGGGACCAGCUCCACCCCUCGAAGCAAGAUCGCCCAACCCGCACGCAGGUAGGCUACUGUUGGACACUAGGGGAGCACCAACAAGCUCAAAACUAGGUUCUUAUUGUCUGGGAUCGUCAUUUAUUCCUUAUUUUUCAUCUCAAUCUGAUCUUAUUUCCCCCAGUUUAUUGACGCCUCCUAAGAGCUUGUCCACCCUGAGUGCCCUACAAGACAGGAGCUGGAGAGAUGGCUGCUACUGAGAGAUGGAUGAAUGGAGACAUGAAUGGAGAGAUGGGAUCCAGAGAAGAAGAAGAGCUGGCAAUGUAGAAAGACCCUGCUGGUUGGGGUCACUCACUGCCACACAAAGUGUUCUUGGGGAAUUGAGAAGGCAGGUCAACCAAACUAUAGGGAAUAACAACCUUGUGUAGAACACCCUCAUGAUUGGGUAUGUGAGGUGUGCUCAGCGCUCAAAAAGUAAAACAUGCAUUCUCCACCUGUCCAAUUUGGUCUGUGCCAAGGGGAAUCCCCCCGUUGAUAUUAUGCACUAACAAGUUUUAACCACAGGCUCUAUGGUUACAUUGAUGUCCUAAAGAAAGAGCUGCCACUUUAUGCUAAUUAAGCCACAGAAUUAGUUUUUUUUACUUUGGAACUGAUAAAUAAAAGGUGUAUUUUCUCUUAAUGGAGAUACUGCUAAAACAAAAUCAAAAUCACUCCCUAUUGUCUGGGUGUAUUUGGUCAAAUUUUUACAUGGCAAGGUAUAUUAAAAUAAAUAUAUAUGUAGUAUUUAUUAUCUUAUGAUUAGUGUACAGACUAAAGUUAACUUUCAGUGUGCAUUGUUGGGAUGCUGAUCGUAUUGAUGCAAUAUUCUUCUUGAAUUUUUUUAUGUGAAGCAUAUUAACCAAAUUAAAGCUAAUGUCUGAAUUUGUUUACAAAAUGUCUCACCAAGACAGGGAAAUGACUUCAAGUUGUGUUUUGGACACUUUUUAAACUAUAAAGAUUCACUGGUGUAUCUAUGAAAUAUUUGUAAUUGUUGCACUGAUUGUACAAGUGUGAAUUGAAAUCUAAGUGUUUUUGUUCAUUUUAUUUGUGAUAUUGCACUUUUAUGGUUAAUUAUACUUUUGUUGAUGAGGAGCACGGUAGAUGUUUUGUCUUUUGGGAUGAAGGAUUUCUUUUAAAAGAUCAUUUAUGUAUAAUACUCUCACAUUCUGUUUUUGUUUCAGUUUAAAAAAGCAGGUUAGUAUUCACAGCACGUCUCACCAACUCUUUCUCCAAAACACUUUUUUUUACUGUAUUUAAUUGAAUGAGUGUAUUUGUUUUAAAAACCGAACUAAAAUAAAAUAUUUUUAAAUUAUUACAUUUUUUGUUGAUUAUUUGAACCUCUUCUACUGUUAUUCUGAUAUUCAACAUUCUGUCUCUAGAGUUAGUAGGCUACUGGCUAUUUCCACAGGUGAAGUUCUUACAUUUUCGCUAGGUUUGUCAGAUUGAUUGUAUUCAGGUUCAUUAUCAAAGGACAUGUAAUGCUUUCUGUUUUAAGCCUAUCCCAAACAUUAACCAUUCACAGUUAAUGCCUAACUUUAAAAAUGUGGAGUUAAUGCCUAAACAUAACCUUAAUCACUUUGAAAUUUGAAGUUCGAGAAACAUGGAUGAACGUCUAAUUAUAAUGUGAGACCGAGAGCUAGUUGCAGCAUUACUAGAGUAGAGUAGCCUACAUCUGAUAGAAUACUCUAUUUGGCAGUUCGCAUUAGUGAACAGUCAAUGCCACAGGCUUGUAUAUACGGUACCUGUAGGCCUACUGUUCAAGGUUUUAAUAAAACAAGCGUUCCCAUACCGGGAGUCGAACCCGGGCCGCCUGGGUGAAAACCAGGAAUCCUAACCGCUAGACCAUAUGGGAGGUCUGAAAAGCUGAAGGUCGAAAGAUCUAGCAGUAAUACAAUAGUGAAAUCCACAGCAGUGUUUCCAAACCCUCGAGUACCCCCAACAGUACACAUUUUUGUUUUAGCCCUGGACAAAAAAAAAUAUGUACGGAGGGGGGUAUUCGAGAAGCAUGGUUGGGAAACUGCUGUAGACAACAUAAUGUUCAAUGAUGUUUUAACAAAACAGUCGUUCCCAUACCGGGAGUCGAACCCGGGCCGCCUGGGUGAAAACCAGGAAUCCUAACCGCUAGACCAUAUGGGAGGUCUUAAGCGUUGGAAGGACUAUAGACUAUUUGUUCCGUCUACACGCGACGGAUGACAUGUUUAUACUUUCUUUCAUCAUUCAAUCCAUUCUUCUCAUAUUUUUAAUAAUAAACAGCGAUUAAAACGACACUUUUAAACGACAGUGUUGUCAAAAUACAGCCAAUAAAAGCGAUAACAGUAGCGGCUACAACCAAUUUUGACCCUCAAAGACAUCCGUACCUACGUCAUCAGAAACGGACGUCGUGUUGUUGAUGGUCGAGAAAUGUUCAACAUUUUCUGCUUUUGUGUGUAGCUAGCUAGGUUGUUUAACCUUCCCUUAAUUAUAUUAUAUUGGAUCAGAAGACACAAUGUGAGUAUUUUGUUUCACGUCACACCCAUUGCAAUUUCGUUUAAGAUUUACUAAAGCGAACUAUUUAACGUUAACGUUACUGGUAUGAAAAUGUAUGCACUCACUAACUGUAAGUCGCUCUGGAUAAGAGCGUCUGCUAAAUGACUAAAAUGUAAAUGUACAUUUGUACCGGAGAGCCAAGUCUGUCCCCAAGCCAUAAGACUGCUUAACAGUUAAUCAAAUGGCUACCCGGACAAUUUCCAUUGACCCCCUUUAUUAUUUAUUUAUCUUAAUUGUUUUGCACUGACUCCCUUGCACUGGCUCUAUGCACACUCACAGAUACUACACUGACUGACACUCCAGCACACACACACACACAAAACACACACUUUCACACGUCACAUACGCUGCUGCUACUCAGUUUAUUAUAUAUCCUGAUUGCCAAGUCAUUUUUAACCCUACCCACAUAUACAUACUGUAUUACCUCAACUACCUCGUACCCCAGCACAUUGACUCGUUACUGGUAGCUACUCCUUGUAUAUAGCCUCGUUACUGGUAGCUACUCCUUGUAUAUAGCCUCGUUACUGGUAGCUACUCCUUGUAUAUAGCCUCGUUACUGGUAGCUACUCCUUGUAUAUAGCCUCGUUACUGGUAGCUACUCCUUGUAUAUAGCCUCGUUACUGGUAGCUACUCCUUGUAUAUAGCCUCGUUACUGGUAGCUACUCCUUGUAUAUAGCCUCGUUACUGGUAGCUACUCCUUGUAUAUAGCCUCGUUACUGGUAGCUACUCCUUGUAUAUAGCCUCGCUAUGGUUUGUAUUGUUAUUAUUUACUUUUUUAAAUAUAGGAAAUAUUUGUCUUACUUAUUAACUCUGCACUGUUGGGAAUGGGCUCGUAAAUAAGCAUUUCACUGUAAAGUCUACACCUGUUGUAGAACAUGACCAAAAACAUUUGAUUUAAAUAUUGUUGCAUAUAUUCAUAAGUUAACAUUAGCUAGCUAGCUAGUUCAGUUUGUACGACCAUGGUUGCUUUUUAUUCACGGUCCAAAUUUCUAUUCUGAUCAGCUUUCAAACACAUGUUUAUGAAGUUGUUUAUUUUGUUUGUAUUACUCAGGUCGGAAUAUUGGAAGUCCCAGCCAAAGAAAUUCUGCCAGUACUGCAAGUGUUGGAUAGCCGACAAUAAACCUGUGAGUGUUGAGUACAUUGUCAUGUAAUUUGUACCAGUAUGUGAAGUUAGUGUACUUAGCUGACUAGCUACCCAUUCAGGCAUGAUCAUCAUGCUAGCUAUUCAGUCUCUUUGACUAGGCCCUUCUCAUGUUGCUAACAUUGAAUGAAUGCUUACUUGUUCUUGGUGAUGUGUGUCAAAGAGAGAGUAGUCUGUUAUGUUAUGACUGCAAGAGGUUGUGGCUGAGGACAAGAUUGUAUCGUGUAUUAACCGCUGUGCUUGUUUGUUUCUCAUGCAGAGUGUUGAGUUUCAUGAAAGGGGGAAGAAUCACAAAGAAAAUGUUGCUGCCAAAAUUGCUGAGGUGAGUUGUCAUCAUUGUGUUUUGCCUUCACUCGUGAAACAUAGAAUGAUGGGUGCCUGUCCAUGUCAGGGUUGUAGCUAACAUACUGCAUAAGAUGUGGCACAAAUACAGAUGCCAUAAAUGUUGUCAAUCACCCAAGACCUUACUCUUUUCUCUCUGGGCUCUAUGUAGUCUGCUGAUAACACGUUAUUACACAGAGGUAUCAACAGGGGUCACUGUUGCAAGGGAAACUAUUGAUGCGUUGUAAACGCAGCUUGGCAUGCAUAACCCUCCUGGCUGGCAUAGUGGUGUAUUUCAGCAGAGAUAAGGUCCAGAUAUGGCACUCUCACCCCAUGCUGUCAUCUCAUUGGUGACUUGGCUGAUACUUCGGCCCCUCCUCUGUAUAGAUGCAAAAGAAGAGCAUUGACAAGGCGAAGCAGGAGGAUCGUCAGUCUAAAGAGUUUGCAACGAUGGAGGCGGCUGCACUGAAAGCAUAUGAGGAGGAUAUGAAAAGGUUGGGGAUAAAACCAUCAGGUAACUACUUAAUGAAAUGUUUUAUUGAUUUACUAACUUAAUAACUUGCCAGUCUGUUUUUAUUUGUACUAUCAAAUAAGUGAAUGUAACUUAUUACCAUUGUUUUUAUAGUUUUUUGUAUUCUUAUAUUUUAUUAUUUCUUAUUGUUGUUGUAUUGUCGAGAAGGAACCUGUCAAGCAUUUUGUUCGACAAUGUAUACCAUGCGUAUACCGUACAUACGACUAAUGAAACUUUAAGCAUUUAAAAAGUUGUUAGAACACACUCUGGAUAAGAGUGUCUGCUCAAAUGGCUAAUAUAUCAAUGUGAUUUUGUGUGUUUGCUUAGAUUCCCCAUCUCAAACCAAAGCCCAAACGCCAAGCCCAGUUCCAUCUCAUUCUCCAUCUCAACCUUCACCUCAAUCUCGAAAACAAGAAAAGAAGCAAAAGCCUGGAAAGGAGAGGAUGCCCCGAAACGAAUCAGAGAACUGGGUGGAGGGAAAGACAAGCGAAGGACUCUCAUACUACUUCAACUCUAUGACAGGAGGUAGGCAGGCAGGCUUCACACAAGGUGCUUGAGGUGCUUAAAGUACUUGUAAUUCAAGUACUGGAAUACCUUGAAAAUCUGACAUUUUCUCAAGUUGGUACUUGAAAAGUACUUGAAUUAAAAUGAGAGGAGAACAGAAAAUGAUCAAAUAUGUUAAUGUUAAAAAUAUUAGAAAAAUGUAUUUCUCUUACGAAUUCAUUUCCAGGCAGACUACCGAGUUUUAUUUCCUCAUGUGUUUCGCGCUCUGGUUGCCAGGCGAGCUCUCUCAUUCCACCCACACUGCCACUCAGCCAGGCAGGUACAGAACCGACAGAUUAGGCUCCACCAAACGUCACAUCGAUAGCUAAAAUGCUGGGCAAAUAUAGAUUUAAACCUGCCUUUUGUGCGUAUGGAAAAUGUAUGGGAUCUUUUAUUUCACCUCAUGAAACAUGGGACCAACACUUUACAUGUUGCGUUUUAUAUUUUUGUUCAGUACAGUUUACCCACCUUUUUUUACCACUACACCACUGGACCCAACCGACCUACACUGUGUAAGGUGCAAAUAAAUGGGUCAGACUUUGACAUUGCGAGCAUCAGCCCUGGAGGGGGGAAAAACACAAUGCUGCAUCCUGCGCUGGCGCAAGUUCUACAUUGUGACUUUUUGCCUCAUUCAAGGUGAUAUUCCACUUUAUCAAGCGGCAGCCGUUCACGUGCCAUUUUCCUCACACAGCCCACCUGCCCUUCUCCCGACCAGCGACUCUAAAGCUGCCAGUCAGAAGCAAGACGCUUUUUUGUAGCUAUUAAGUAGUAGAUUCCCAAAUGCCCAAUAAAAAUACAAAACAGUCAUAAAGCUGAAAUUGUGUAGUAAUGCGAAUAGGAAAUGCUCAUCACUACUCAAAUUACAUCAUCAGUCCUGACUUACCACUUACCACUUAGUAAAUAAGUGGUGAAACACGUAUCAUUGAGUAGAACUUGUAAGGUAGUGAUGAAUAGUAAGUUAGUUGAGGUUUUGGCGAUAUACUGCCAUCUGGUGGCGAAUAGAAACAAUUGCAUAAUAACAACUAUUACAAAUUGAUGAUCCUUGAAAAUAAAUAUUAGUGCUUAAAAAAGUUUUUUAAUUUGACUUACCACUGUCUGUACAAACCCUGGGUGGGCUGAAGACCACAACACCUCCCCAGGUAUCAGAGGUGACAGGUUAAAAGUCACAGACUGUGACUUUAAGAAAUGAGUUUGGAACAUACACCUAGGACCAUUCACCUUUCUCCUGAAGCAUUGUGUUUUUAUGUCUUUUCAGAAUCUCGGUGGGACAAACCAUAUGGGUUGCAGGGAAAGAGCCCACCCUCUCCACAGCCUGGUCAAACUGAGGUACACAGAACUUGUUACUUAAUUUUUCAUAAUACCUUUCAUUUCACCAGGAAGUCUCUUGUAUUUUGUUACCCAUUUGAUAUGUUUACAGUCAGUGUACUGUACAGAGGUAAAUCCUUCAAGUCCUGGAGUGAACACACUGUUUUUUUCUCUGUAGAUCUCCUUAGGUUGUGCCUGGAUGGAGGCCGUCAGUCCUGAUGGGUUUACCUACUACUACAACACAGAGACUGGAGGUCAGUCUAUAAAGACCGCUGAUGACAAGAAUUAUGUAUGUUUGACAUAAUUAUGUUUGACAUAGUUUUGAUGUUUCCCCCUCUCUUACAGAGUCCAGCUGGGAAAGACCUGCAGAUCUCCCUGCCGGUGGUGAGUCUGGGUCUGGGCCCAGUGGAGAGACAGUGGGCCCCCCAGGGGUAGAUGACCCAUCUGCCCCCCAGCCAGAACUCCUCUCUGGGGAGGACAGCUCAAACAGUGCCAAAGGAGCCGGGGAGGGAGAGGAUUCCAAACAAGUCACCAAGGUUCAGUUCAGUCCUCAAUACAACAACCCCAUUGGUAGUGAAUGGGCACAGACAAUACUAGGUAUUAGUUUAGGAUCUGAGUCAUGGUGACUGACGAUCAUUUUAUUGAUCAUUUGCUCUCCUCAGAAAAAUAAUACACCGCCUUCAGACAAGGAGGGAGAGGAUGAAGAUGGUGAUGAUGGUAAUGAUGAUGGGGGGAAGGGAGAAGGGGCCAAAGACACACCGGCAGCUGUGCCUGAGGAGAAAGAGAGGCCUACUGUUAAGAAGACCAGGAAGACCAACCCUUACGGAGCCUGGGAGCAGAUACAGGAAGAAGAAGAGCCUUAGUAAGAGACUGUUAUACUGUCAAUGUCUUCAUUUGGAUUUAACUAUGCAAUUGUUUAGAUUUCCACAACAUUUUGUUACGGUUCGCCUUGAUGAACAGGACCCUGGUGCUAGUCUGUCUCUACUUUAGCCAACUUGUUAUUGUGUGCCUUACUGAAUGCUAAGCUAAUAACUCACCUGUCUGCUCUAUAACCCCCCCCCCCCCCCCUCAAGUGAGAACGUGGACCUGCAGCUGCCCCAGGUGGAAGGUGCAGCAAGCGCCCCCGCCCCCACGGAGCUGCCGCCUGAGCCCAAACCCAAGUUUAGGGAGCGUAUCAUCACCUCUCUGGGGGACGAGGGCGGUCCCGCGUCGGGAGCCGGGGCCACGUUCAGGAAGAGGAAAGCAGAGAACGGGAAAUCCUCCAGGAGCCUGAGGCAACGAGGAGAUGAUGACUAAUACCCAGGCUAACUCAAAUAUUAACUCUCUGUUAAACAGACACAAGGCUUCAGAAACUGGGGGAUGUUGUUGGAGACUGUUAUUGUGUAAGGGGACGAUUCUAGCAGUGUCAUAUAAAUACCUGGAUACACAGGUCGGGUCCUUGAGGGCUACAGAGAACCCAAUUUAUCACCAAGAUGCCAUAAUUUCAUAAAUAAUUGUUCAGGUUGAAUUUUACCCAUCCAACUCACAGUAUAUACGCAGCUUUUGGGGUGGAGCAAUAGCCCCCACAGGACAAGCAGACGUCUGAAAGAAGCUUGAUCAGUGGCUUUGGCUGUCCUAGCUUGAAGUGUUUUCAGCUUACUCUUUACAAUUUCAUUUUUCAAUGCCUGAAGCCCCCCCCCCCCUGCUUUUUUAUUUUAGUUGAACAACAUACAGACAUGGACAAUAUCAUUUCCAGAGAUAUUUUUUUAUGCGUCUGUGAUGUAUUUUUAACUGGAUAAUUUAUGGAUGGCUCGUGAAGGACCGCUGUGAUGUUCUUAUAUUGUGGUGGUGGUUGUCAUUUUCCACAUCAUCACAAGUAAAUGCUCAGGGCUGCGUUUCCCAAAAGGAUCGUAGCACUAAAGUCAUCUUUUGUCCAUUUACUUUCAAUGGAAUGAACAUGAUCCUAGUGCUACGGUGCUUUGGGGAAACCCAGCCCGGAACCAUACUCCAGCAUUGUUGGAGUAUUCGAGAAGGAGCAUGCAGAGCAAGUUUUCUACAUUAUGAUUGAUGAAAUAUUGUACAAAUUAUGUACUUUUUUAAUGCGAGCACUUGAAUAAAUAUUCUGCUGGUGUGGACAUUCUCUCUAUGCUUCUUCC